AUGGGCCCGAAUAUCCUUCUACCAACUCGAGCUAAUUCUCCGAACCCUCACGCCAAGUUUGGUCCCAUUGUCACCCUCCGCGUGGGGUCUCAUCGAGCCAUAUUUAUCGCGGACCGCACCCUCUCCCACCAAGCUCUCGUCCAAAACGGCUCCCUCUUCUCCGACCGCCCCAAGGCCCUCUCCAUCUCCAAAAUUGUAAACAACGACCAACGCAACAUCACAUCCACCUCCUACGGACCCACGUGGCGUACCUUCCGCCGAAACCUCACCUCGGAUAUGCUCCACCACUCCCGCGUCAAGUCCUUCUCUGGGAUCCGCAAAUGGGUCCUCCACACCCUCCUCACCCACCUUAAAUACGAUUCCCAGUCCAACUAUUCUUUCAGAGUCAUCGACCGCUUUCAAUAUGCUAUGUUCUGCUUGCUCGUCUUCAUGUGCUUCGGGGAACAACUCGAUGAUGGCAAAAUCAGAGAUAUCGAGCGCGUGAACCGUCAGUUACUUCAAGGGUUCACCAGGUUCAGAAUCCUUGAUAUCUGGCACAAGGAGGAAGGUGUUAUUUCGUACGUUGAUGCUCUGUUGAAUUUGCAGUUGCUGGAGGAGAGACGCAACCUCAACGAAGGGGAGAUUGUGACGCUAUUGCAAGAGAGGUUGGUUGAUGAGAUAAGGGAGGUACUGGGUGAGAGAGAGCAGAGGGAAGUGAAAGAGGAGGACUUGCAGAAAUUGCCUUAUCUGAAAGCUGUGAUUUUGGAGGGUUUAAGGCGUCACCCACCUGGGCACUUUGUGUUGCCGCAUGCAGUGACUGAGGACGUGAUUUUUAACGAUUACUUGAUCCCAAAGAAUGCGACUGUGAAUUUCAUGGUGGCAGAGAUGGGGUGGGACCCUAAGGUAUGGGAAGAUCCAAUGACGUUUAAGCCAGAGAGAUUUAUAAGUGAUGAGGGCUUUGAUAUUACUGGAAGUAAAGAGAUCAAGAUGAUGCCCUUUGGUGCAGGGAGGAGGAUUUGCCCUGGUUAUAAUUUGGCAUUGCUUCAUUUGGAGUACUUUGUGGCUAAUUUGGUUUGGAAUUUUGAGUGGAAGCUUCCAGACGGAGGGAAAGUGGAUUUGUCAGAGAAACAAGAAUUCACUGUGGUAAUGAAAAACGCAUUGCAGGUUCAUCUUUCUCCUAGGAAAUAG